CCCGCCCUUGCCGGGCGCCGCGGGCGGGUCUCUGCAGCGCCCACUGCGUCGGCCGGGCCGCAGGUGCCUCCCCUAACACUCGGCGUCCCGCCCCAGCUCCUCCGCGUCGGCCGUCGGUCGGUGCGUGCGUGCGCCUCUUCGGUCCGCGUGUGUCUGUCUGGCCGAGCGCCCCCCCUGCCGCAGCGGCCAUGCCUCCGCCGCCGCCUCCGCCGCCGCCGCCCCCAGGCCCAGAUCCCACCGGAGACCCCGCUGCGGACCCGUGCUCCGGGCCCGGAUCCUUGGUCGUCCUGUUCGGGGCCACAGCCGGUGCCCUGGGGCCGGACCUGGGCUCCGACGAGACCGACUUAAUCCUUCUAGUCUGGCAAGUGGUGGAGCCGCGGAGCCGCCAGGUGGGGACGCUGCACAAGUCGCUGGUUCGCGCCGAGGGGGCCGCCCUGAGCCCGCAGUGCCGCGAGGCGAGCGGCCUGAGUGCCGACAGCCUGGCGCGGGCCGAGUCGCUGGACAAGGUGCUGCAGCAGUUCUCACAGCUGGUGAGUGGGGAUGUGGCUCUGCUGGGCGGGGGCCCCUACGUCCUCUGUACUGAUGGGCAGCAGCUGCUGCGACAGGUCAUGCACCCCGAGGCCUCUAGAAAGAACCUGGAGCUCCCCGACACCUUCUUCUCCUUCUACGACCUCCGCAGAGAGUUCCACAUGCAGCACCCGAGCACCUGCCCUGCCAGGGACCUCACAGUGGCCACCAUGGCACAGGAUUUGGGCCUUGAGACAGAUGCCACUGAGGAUGACUUUGGGGUCUGGGAAGUUAAGACCAUGGUGGCUGUCAUCCUUCACCUGCUUGACGGACCCAAUGGUCAAUUAUUUUCCAAGCCUGAGGUGAUAAAGCAGAAAUAUGAGACGGGGCCUUGCAGCAAAGCUGAUGUGGUGGACAGUGAGACUGUGGUUCGGGCCCGAGGGUUGCCUUGGCAGUCAUCGGACCAGGACGUGGCUCGCUUCUUCAAAGGGCUAAAUAUUGCCAGGGGUGGUGUAGCCCUCUGCCUCAACGCCCAGGGUCGCAGAAAUGGUGAGGCCCUCAUCCGCUUUGUGGACAGCGAGCAGCGUGACCUGGCGCUGCAGAGACACAAGCACCACAUGGGAGUCCGUUACAUUGAGGUAUAUAAAGCAACAGGGGAGGAGUUUGUAAAGAUUGCAGGGGGCACAUCCCUAGAGGUGGCCCGCUUCCUGUCCCAGGAAGACCAAGUGAUCCUGCGGCUGCGCGGACUGCCUUUUUCGGCUGGGCCAGCAGACGUGCUAAGCUUCUUGGGGCCAGAGUGCCCAGUGACUGGAGGUGCAGAUGGACUGCUCUUUGUGCGCCACCCUGAUGGUCGGCCAACUGGUGAUGCGUUUGCACUCUUUGCCUGUGAGGAGCUGGCCCAGGCUGCCCUGCGCAGGCACAAGGGCAUGCUGGGCAAGCGAUACAUUGAACUCUUCCGGAGCACUGCAGCUGAAGUGCAGCAGGUCCUGAAUCGCUAUGCAUCCAGCUCACUCUUGCCUACGCUGACGGCUCCACUGCUGCCCAUCCCCUUCCCACUGGUGCCUGGGACUGGGAGGGACUGCAUACGCCUCCGAGGCCUCCCCUACACUGCCACCAUUGAAGACAUUCUGAGCUUUUUGGGGGAGGCAGCAGCUGACAUCCGGCCUCAUGGAGUGCAUAUAGUGCUCAACCAGCAGGGCCGGCCAUCAGGUGAUGCCUUCAUCCAGAUGAUAUCAACUGAGCGGGCCCUGGCUGCUGCACAACGUAGCCAUAAGAAGGUGAUGAAGGAACGCUAUGUGGAGGUGGUCCCCUGCUCCACAGAGGAGAUGAGUCGUGUGCUGAUGGGGGGUACCUUGGGCCGCAGUGGCAUGUCCCCUCCACCCUGCAAGUUGCCCUGCCUCUCUCCACCCACCUACGCUACCUUCCAGGCCACCCCAACUCUCAUUCCCACAGAGACAGCUGCUCUUUAUUCUUCGGCACUGCUCCCAGCUGCCAGGGUGCCUGCUGCCCCCACCCCUGUCGCCUACUACCCAGGGCCAGCCACUCAGCUCUACAUGAACUACACAGCUUACUACCCCAGCCCCCCUGUCUCUCCCACCACUGUGGGCUACCUUGCCACACCCCCUGCUGCCUUGGCCUCUGCUCCCACCUCAGUAUUGUCCCAGCCAGGGGCCUUGGUCCGCAUGCAGGGUGUCCCAUACACAGCUGGCAUGAAGGAUCUGCUCAGUGUCUUCCAAACCUACCAGCUCGCCCCUGAUGACUACACCAGUCUGAUGCCUGUUGCUGACCCAUCUCGCACUGUGUUACAAGCCCCCAAGGAGUGGGUGUGUUUGUAGAAGCCGGUAGGUAAGCUGGCUGCUGCCAAGCUAACAUGCCUUUCCUGCAUCCAGAGGACCACCACUCUCAACCCAGUGGUUUCUUUCUGACUUGCCAAAAUUUUCAUCAAGUAUCCAGGAGACCAAACCUAACUCCUCUUCCCACUAUUUCCCUGCCUGCUCAUCCCUGGU